GGCGCCGCCAUGGACGCGCUGAGCCGGGCAGGGCCCCGGGCCCGCCGCCCCGCCGCCGCCCCCGGGCCCGGCCCGUCCCCGCUGCCCUGGGGCCGCUUCGCCGCCUGGAUCGACUGCGUGUGUGUGGUCACCUUCGACCUGGAGCUCGGGCAGGCCAUGGAGCUGGUGUAUCCUCAUGACUUCAGACUGACAGAGAAAGAGAAAACGAGUAUCUGCUACUUGUCUUUCCCAGACUCCUACUCAGGUGGCCUUGGGGACACCCAGUUCAGCUUCCGCCUGCGGCAGUCGGGGGGCCCCAGGACCUCCCCGUUCCAGGACGACGGCCGGUACAACCGGGAGGCCCCCCUGACGCUGCAGCGCGAGGCCGCUCAUUACUUCGGAUAUGUGUACUUCAGACAGGUCAAGGACAGCUCCAUGAGGAGGGGGUACUUCCAGAAGUCCCUGGUGCUCGUGUCCCGCCUGCCCUACGUGAACCUGUUCCAGUCCCUGCUCCAGCUCAUUGCCCCCGAAUACUUCGACAAGCUGGAGCCGUGCCUGGAGGCAGUGUGCAACGAGAUCGACCAGUGGCCUCCCCCUGUGCCAGGCCAGACCCUGAACCUGCCCGUGAUGGGAGUUGUCAUCCAGGUGAGGAUCCCAUCCAGGGUGGAUAAACCAGGAUCAAGCCCAGUGAAGCAGUUCAAUCAAGAGAAUCUGUUACCAGCCCCACUGGUUCUCCCCAGUGUCCAUGAGCUGGACCUGUUCAGGUGUUUCCAGCCAGUGCUGAUUCACAUCCAGAUGCUGUGGGAGCUGAUGCUGCUGGGAGAGCCCAUGGUGGUGAUGGCACCGUCCCCAACUGUCUCCUCAGAAAUGGUUCUGGCCCUCACCAGUGUCCUGGCCCCGCUCCGCUACUGCUGCGAUUUCCGGCCCUACUUCACCAUCCACGACAGCGAGUUCAAGGAGUACACCACCCGCACCCAGGCCCCGCCGAACAUCGUGGUGGGCGUCACAAACCCUUUCUUCAUCAAAACCCUGCAGCACUGGCCGCACAUCCUGCGGGUGGGGGAGCUCAGGAUGUCAGGCGACCUGCCCAAGCAGGUGAAGGUGAAGAAACUGGCCAAGCUCAAAACCCUGGACACAAAACCAGGAAUCUACACUUCUUAUAAAACAUUCCUUCACAAAGACAAAUCCCUGAUAAAAAGAUUGCUAAAGGGCAUCCAGAGGAAACGUCCCUCCGAGGUGCAGAGUGCCCUGCUGAGGCGUCACCUCCUGGAGCUCACCCAGAGCUUCAUCAUCCCCCUGGAGCACUAUAUUGCCAGCCUGAUGCCUCUGCAGAGAGCCAUCACUCCCUGGAAGAACCCUCCCCAGAUCCGUCCUUUCUGUCAGGAGGAUUUCAUGAAGACCCUGGAACACGCUGGGCCCCAGCUCACCUGUGUGCUCAAGGGGGACUGGUUAGGCCUCUACAGGCGUUUCUUCAAGUCCCCGAACUUCGACGGCUGGUUCCGGCAGCGGCACCGGGAGAUGACCCACAAGCUGGAGGCCCUGCACCUGGAGGCCAUCUGUGAGGCGGACAUCGUGGCCUGGAUGAAGGACAAGUCUGAGGUGGAGAUCGUGGACCUGGUGCUCAAACUCCGGGAGAAGCUGGUGCGGGCCCGGUGCCAGCACGUGCCCGUGAGGGAGGAGACGCUGCAGCGCGUGGGGCUCUACAUCGACACCAUCAUCGGCUCCCUGCCCGAGGACCUGCAGGCCGUGCUGCACCACCCCUGAGCACAGGGGGGCUCCUGGACAACCAGGGACCCUCCCACCCCGCUCCCACCCCGCUCCCACCCGGCUCUGGGCAGCUGCAGUUGUGUUUGGAGAGGAGAUUCCUUCCCGGAUCCCGCCGGCGGGGCCCGGAUCUCCCCUGGGGGGACUCGGAGCUGGGUCGAGCCGUGGCUGCCCUGGGGAGCCUGUGCACUGCUCCCUGUCUGGUCCCGCUCCGAGGGGCUGGGCUGGGGCUGUCCACCAGGAACUGUCCCCCGUGUGGCUGCCAGCAGGGCAGGAAGUGCCACCAGGCCUCCAGCAGCACGUGCCAGGCCGUGCCCAGCACGCGGUGCCCGCUCAGACACACCAUCCUUGUCCAGCACAUUCCCACGGCCUCAUCCCGCCUGGAAGGAGCAGGAGCAGCCCUGGAUGGGGCUCAGGACAGCUCCUGAUGAUGCAGAUGAGGUGAAGAAGCUGCCCCUGCCCUGAGCAGCCCUGGCUCAGCCCAGUGCGAGCUCCAGCUGCAGGGGGAGUGGGAGGAGGAAUUCUGGACAUGGAAAGCUGCUGGACUCUCUCCAGGGCAGAGCCAGAGAAGGAGGGCUGGUGCAUCCCCAAGGAUCAGAGCUCUCCAGAGUGCCUGGGAUGGCUGCUGGGAGGAGCUGGCUCCAACUGCCAUUCAGUCUGCUUGGAGAGUCAGGUCCGUGACUGGGGCUGUGCCCGGGGCACUGGGAGGGCUGAGCUCAGCCUGCUUCCCGAGGAAACCUGUUGGAAAAUCUGAUUCCUACAGCCCAUGCCAAGAGGGAAUGCACAGGAUUGGGCCCUGCUCCUCUGCUCCUGCCUUCAGAGGCAGCUCCCCCUGCCUGGAAUCCCCUUCCUGCCCUGGGAAUGGAUCCUCUGUGAGCCCAAGGCCUUUGCUGCUCCAUGUCUGCAUUUCCCCGUCCGGGUGUCUGGCCAGGGCUGAAAUUUUUGCCUAAAAAAAGGGAUUAGGAGGGAUCUGGCAGCCUUGUCCUGUCAGAAGCCUGCUGUGGUUGAACUGGGCACCGUUGCAGGUGGCAGGAUGGAUCCUGCCCAGAGCCCUGGCAUUCCCAGUGCUCCCAGUGGAAGCUGCGCCGUUUCCAUCGCUCUGCCCCUUCUUGGGGCUGGGGAGGUGUGGGGGUCUCAGAGGUGGCUGAACUCCUGCAUUCCCCCUCUGGAGCCAGGCAGGGAGCAGCAGGAGCCCCCUGGGCCUCCCAGUGCCUCUGCCCUCCCUGGAGCCUGGAAUUCUGUACAGUAUCCUUAGGGACUGUAUAUUCUGUACAUAGUCCAUGUGUGUCCGUGCACAGCUCUGGGGGCCCUGCUGGCCCCAAACACUCUGUAAAGUAGAAAAUAUUAGUUUAAAAAAAAACAAACCUGAAGCCAA